AUGCGGAUUCUACGUUCACAAUAUUUGAAAUUGCAAAGUAAUCUUUUGCGAACUACAGCAACAACAACCAAUGCUACUAACAAUGUAACCACCCACAAACAACAUCAACAACAAAAUAAGACCACUUGUGUAAACCACAAUUCAUAUAACCUAAGAAACAUAUCCCGAGGAAAAAAUGAUAAUUGCUUUAAGAGAAACAAUGAUAAUGGUAGGACCUCUUGGACAACCGUUAGUGGUUACACCUUGCGACAAACACAAAGUCGCAAUCGACGUAUUAAUAACGUUAGCCGAAAUGUUGUGGUAACACGAAGUAUUUCACAGCGCACAACAGCUGUGUACAGGUCCAAAAGAAAUGGGUCUGUUAGUUCAACGACAUCAUAUUGUUCCAGAUCAUCUUCCUUUUCUAGUUCCGCAUCGUCAUCAUUACCAGCAUCCUCAUCAUCCUUGUCUACAUCCACAUACGCUUCAAUCAGCUCUAAGCUAUCCUCUACAAAGAGUCAACAAACCACCACAUCAUCAUCGUCAAGCAGUAGUAGUAGCAUCAGCCAAUCAUCCUCUUCAACAUCUUUACCAUCCAAUGCUCCAUCGUCGGGUUAUGAAACAUUACCACGAACUACCAGCCAAUAUACACCCGAUUCAGAAUAUAUUGAAAAAACAUUAACACAAACUAAAUUUGAACAUUUACGCAUUAAAUUUUCCAAUGUACCCGCUGGCAUUGGUAAUAUAAAUGUCAAUGUAGAAUUUACAAAUAUAAGUCCACAGUGGCUAAAUGGUGUCUAUCAUUCGUAUGAAAAUAAUUUCUGGAAUAAAAUACCACGACAUGUUGAUAACAACGCGGUAGCUUAUUCUCCUCACAAUAAAUGUCGUUGGUAUUUUAUGUGUAAAUUUUGUCAAAAAUCAUUAGCAUCGUUUUGCACAUUGAAAAAUCAUUUAAAUACCCAUUUAGAAUUGUAUCCGUAUAUGUGUAAGCUGUGCUCCAAAGCAUAUGCCAGUCGUAAUUCCGUAACAAAGCAUUUACGUAAGCUACAUAAUAUUCCUAAGGAGAAAUAUAAUAUUUUUAUUGGACAGUGA